AUGGCAACAUACGUGGCUCGGCGGCUGGUUUGGCUGCCAUUCCUGUUGCUCAUCGUGACGUUCGUGACGUUCGCGCUGCUGCGGUUCGGGCCCGGGGAUCCGGUGCAGGUCUGGUUGGGCCAGCACCAGAACGACGAAGUGCGGGCGCGGUUGCGGGCGCAGUUGGGACUGGACGAUCCGCUAGUGGUGCAGUACGUCCGGUAUAUCGAAGGGGUGGUGACGCGACUGGACUUCGGCGAGAGUUUCCAAUUCCGGGGGAAAUCGGUUGCGGAGUUGCUGGCCAAGCGCAUCCCCGUGUCGCUGCAACUCAACCUGGCGGCGAUAAUCAUCACCCUCGGGGUUGGCAUACCGGUGGGGCUGUACGCGGCGUUGCGGCAGGGCACGGGAGUAGACAACGUGGUGGUGGCGAUUGCGCUGAUGUUUCAGUCGCUGCCGGUAUUCAUCACGGCGCCGGUGUUGCUGCUGGUGUUUGCGCUGCACCUGGACCUGCUGCCCACGCAAGGUUGGGAUGGAUUCUUUUCGCCGAAGAUCGUGAUGCCCGCGGUGGUCAUGGGAGUGCCGGGCAUUGCCAUUGUGGUGCGCCUGGUGCGGGCGAGCGUCCUGGACGUGCUGGGGCAGGACUACAUUCGCACGGCGAGGGCAAAAGGGUUGUCGGAAAGGAUAGUGCGCUGGCGGCACAUCCUGCGGAACGCGAUGAUACCGGUGGUGACCAGCUUCGGUUUCACGAUAGCCGGGCUGGCCGGAGGGACGUUCAUCGUCGAAAUAUACUUCGGCAUCCCGGGGGUUGGAUUCUUCACCAUUAAUUCGCUGUUCGCGCGCGAUUACCCGGUGCUCAUGGCGUUCGCCAUCGUAUCGACGACGCUGUUUGUGCUGGCCAACCUGAUUGUGGACCUGACGUAUCCGCUGCUGGAUCCGCGGAUCAGGCUGGGAGCGGGCAAUGUUACCUGA